AUUUACCUAGUAGGAAUUUGCAGUUGAAGGCAAGAGUUUGUACUUGGAGUCUUGCUUGACAGUUUGACUUUGCCAGGAUGCAAAGUUUCACCGCAGUAAUAUUUCUCCUUCUGGUUUCGUCCAUCUGCAGGACAUAUGGAAACACUUGUGAAGGAAUGUGUGGGAAAAAAUUGGACUCAUGUUCAUGCCAUGCAACAUGUGCAUCUUUGAAGACCUGCUGCACUGACUAUAAAGAGCAUUGUGUUACUAUCGCUCCGUACUCUGGCUCCAUCAUGGGUGGGACAGAUUUCCUUGUCCUUGAUGCAAAUUUCAUUAAGAGUUCUCCGAUUGUAUGCAGGUUUAACGAUCAAAUUAAUACGGUUGGGUAUGUGGAUGAAGAUGGUAAAGGCCACUGUAUCUCUCCGCUGUUAUACGAAUCAGGAUGGGUUUCUUUGCAGAUCUCCUCAGACAAUGGUACUACAUUCAAUAGGACUGGAUCCUGGCUUUCAGUUCACACAGGCAAGCUGGGUUCUCAGUUUAAAGCUACAUUGAUCAACUCCACAAAGUGGCAGUACUAUGGCACUCCCAAUGUCCAAGGCCCCCUUCAGAUGACAUGGAACACUUCUUUGGUCAAGGCAGAAAGGGUCAAUAUAGAGCUAUGGGGAUACAGUGAGACAGGAGAGCCCUAUACAGAACACUGGCAUGGUGAGUGGCAAUAUCUGUACUCACUUACAAAGGAUUAUCCCAACAACGGCUCCUUCAGCUUUUUACCCAAACCAGCGGAGGAUAGGUUUUCAAAUUGGGAGCUUGGUUCUCUUCGUAUCAGUCCAAGCAGCCACCCUGAUGGCAUGUUCAACGUUCAAGCAACAUGGACUGAGGAUCAUGCUCUGGCCUGGCAUCUGGAAGAGAAGUUCAGAGAGAAUUCAACGACUUGGGCCCUGGAGAAAUGUUUAGCAUGGGAUCAGCUGGAGGACAAGAUCCCCAGCUUCCUCAGCGAGAUCAUCGACUGUCCUUGCACUCUGGCCCAAGCGAGAGCAGACACAGGGAGGUUUCAUACUGAUUAUGGCUGUGAUAUAGAAAAAGGGAGUGUGUGCACCUACCAUCCUGGGAGUGUCCACUGUGUAAGGGCUAUACAAGCUAGUCCCAAGUAUGCAGCAGGACAGCAGUGUUGUUACGACAGCACCGGAGCUCAGGUCCUGACAGCAGACUCCAUUGGAGGUAGCACGCCAGACCGGGGACAUGACUGGGGCUCGCCUCCCUACAAAAAACCACCUCGGAUUCCUGGGGCCUCCCACUGGAUCUAUGACGUCCUCAGCUUCUACUACUGCUGCCUCUGGUCUGACAACUGCCACUACUACUUCAAACAUCGACCCUCCAGUGACUGCAGGCGCUACCAGUCACCCAACUCAGCUGUGGUGUUUGGAGAUCCUCACUUCGUAACAUUUGAUGGUGUCAGCUAUUCCUUCAAUGGCAAAGGCGAAUACACUUUGGUGACCUCAGAUAAGGAUGACCUAAUAAUCCAGGCCAGAACAGAGCCUGUGAAUGGAACUACAAUAAAAGCCACAAAGUUGUCAGCUGUAGCCAUGAAAGAGGCGUCCUCUGACAUUCUUGAGGUGCGGCUGGUCAGCGGAGACGGUGGCCUUGAGGUGCUGCAUAACCAAAAAACCCUCUCCUUUGCUGAACAAAGCUGGAUGGACUUGCAGGGUGUUUUUGUAUUUUCUCCUACGUCUACAAAUGUGACUGUGAUGUUCCCAUCUGGUGCCGGGGUCGAAGUGCGGGCGAGAGAGGAAACCAUGACAGCCACUGUCCUGCUGCCUGAGGAGUUUAAAAACUCCACUCUUGGACUGUUGGGGAAGAUGAACGGUGACGCCAGUGACGACCUCAUCCAUAGCAACGGCCAGCUUGUGCGGAAAAUCAGCAAUCCGGAGGAGUUGUUCAACUUCGGGGCGAGCUGGGCUGUUGACAACACAUCUGCUUUGUUCACAUACGAUUCAGAAUAUCUUCUGGAGAUGUAUUACUUCGUCCCCAGACAUGACACAAGUUUUAUUCCAGUGUUUUUCGUCCCUGAGAGUCCAGAUGAUCCACUUAACAACCAGGCAGCAGUGAUUUGCUCUGGAGAAGGCUCUCACUUCUGCAGGUAUGACAUCCUGGUAGGUCGCAGCCCAGCGAUGGGCAAUGCCACCAGAGUGUCCUUCCAGAGUCAUGUUUCUCUUGUGGAGGAUUUAAAGCCAGUGAUGUCCUGUGGAUGGCUUCCACCUCCCAACAAUGGGAAGAAGCAGGGAACAACCUACUUACAAGGUGCCAUAGUAGCGUUUUCCUGUGAUGAAGGCUACACACUCGAAGGAUCAGCACAGCGAGUCUGCCAGAGAAAUGGCCAGUGGUCUGGAGAAGACACGAGCUGCGUUCAUCCCAAUAAUCUUGCAGGAAUCGUGGCCGGUUCGGUCAUUGGAGCUUUGGCACUGACUUUAAUUAUAGUAUCAAUUGUUCUCCACUCCAGAAAAAAGAAAAGAAGAGAUUCAGAAGAAUACAGCAACAGUUUCUAAGAAGAAUCCUGGCUGUUUUAAUUAUACUUCAAACAUAUUCUUCAGAAAUUCAGGCUUUGGUAAUUACACUGAUCUUAUUAUUUACAGAAAGUAGAAAUGAUUUAGUCUAUUCCAAAUGUUACAAGUGGACAAAAUGUUAACGAAUAUGAACAAUAUUGUAACACAGCGUGUGCUACGGGGGUCACAGAGACAGCGGACACCGGGAUCUUUGCAGGACUUUUAUUUUCUUUGCACGUGUCACAAACACUCCAGAGGCUUCGUCAGCCAAACUGCUCGUCCCCUCUGCUCUGCUUCCGUCCUUCUCCCGUCUCCAGAGCCCACACCCUACUGAAAUACACAGAGAGUAAUUAGACACACCUGUGUACCGUCAGCUGUUCCAGCCGCGUCACCUGUGCGCCACUCCCCCGCACUCCCUCUCUCCCCUGCAGACCACGCCCCAAUCCUGCACCCUGCCACAAAUAUAUCUCAUGAUACUUUGAUAGUGAACAUUUAAAUCGAUACUUUUAAAAUUUUUACUCAUGGUCAAGCAAAUGUGACUGCACAAGAAAAGAAAAUUGUAUAUGUAUUUGAAUAAAUGCACUUAUAAAACAAAACUCCACUAAAAUGCUACUGUAUCUGCAUGAACACUCCACUAUUAUCAACUCUAUUGUCAAGCUCUAUAACAAUGUAUACAUUUGAAAUUUCAUUUAAUCAAUAAAGCUACCUAUGAGAGCGA